AAGUAAUACCUAAUACCACCCUACGUUCCUUGAGUGACGGCAAGGUUAUAAGUAGCAACCUACUCCCAUGAACUGGUAAAGGACAACCUAAAUUUCUUAGAACAAAAAACGAAAACUGCUUCUGCAAAGUUUCUAUGGAAUUCAAGCGGCAACCGACGCGCAUUCCAACAACUCAUAGGAUUCCUUUUUGUGCCACGAAACGCAGAAUAUUGUGCCGUUUUCGAAUCAAGUUUUUCCCACUACCGUCGAUAUAGCUGCUUCACUAAAAGACAGCUACGAACUUUUGCAAUUGAAAUUCUGAAAAUGUGUUCACCACCACCAUUGUCAGUAGCAAUUUGAUACACGAAACCUUUUUUUCAAGACGCCACCAUACCAAUCGUUUUUGACUUUCGGGAAAGCUAAAAAAUCCAAGGGUUUUGCUGUUAAAAAAAAUAUUUUCAUAUUGUGAUAUGUGCUGGCUGUUGUCAGCAGGUGUUCACCGCCGCUUAUGCGUGCAAGCCGUUAAUGAGUUAGAUAAAAGAGGCAAUUGUUACGAUAAAAUCAUCAGGUUAAAUAAUGCUUACAACCGGGAAGAUAUAUAUUUGAUGGCAGGCGACUAAUUUAGUGAUGUUACCGAAAGAUGUUACUGAAAGAGAGAAACUGAAGCCGUUUUUCUUACAUGAUAUUAACACGGAGCUUGAACUCUAGAGUACAUCAGUGUUUGAAGUUGCCAUUACACUUUUUCUUUAGUAUGACCCUUUGCCUGUGACGUCCACGCGGACCGUAAGAGAAAAGUAAGGAAAGAGAAAGAUGUAGUGAGAUUGCAGCCGCAGCCUGAUGGUUUUGUAUAUAAAUCAUAAACGUUGCGCCUUUACUGACUGACCACUCACUAUAGUUACGAGCAAACUCAUCUUUACCGCACUUGAUAUUUCGACCCGCGAACACUGACUUUGUAGCCGCGAUUCAAGGAUACAAGGCUUCAACUAAGCAUUGUUUCGAACCGGUACGUUACAUCGUAAAAAUGGCUUUAGCUGUUUCUUUGCGCAAAGCCUUAUUCAUCUUGUUAACAGUAACUAUUUUUGUGCUACUGGUUUUAUAUUGGAAUCAAAGCGUUUUGAAACCACAAUUUCUAAAUAGUGCACAUGAAAAAUCCCCGCAAAGUUCUCCUCGUUUUAAAGACAAUUUAAUACCGAUUGAAAAGAAGUGGACUUAUAAAUGUGCGGGUGAUAAAUGCGUACGAUAUCAUUAUUCCGAUGUAGUUAAAGGUGAGAAGCGAGUGCCUUUUAUAACGUGUUCCAUGACGUGUGGCGAGAUAAGUAUAUGGCCACAACCCACUAUCAAAACUGCAGUUAGUACGAAAUCAUUGAAAUUCUCAAUGGAUGAUAUACAAUUACGGUUAGAUACCCCGUACAAAGGAGUAGAGAAGCAUUUUCGCAUAGCAUUUGAUCUUUUUCUGAAAGAUCUAAGACACAUACAAAGACUGAAUUUGCCGAAAAGAUCCGAGCAAGAGCAAGAAACGGAAAGAGAACGAAGCGCAAAUAAUGCCGAUGGUCAAUCAAGGCUCUUAACAGGAAAUGCGAUUGUUGCUAACGAUAAGCAAAGAAGUAAGCGUUUUCAAUUAGAUCAAAGAAUAAAAGGUUCCCAUGCCCAAUAUGGUGAAAAUAUUGGAGCGGCAUCAAUUUUAUCACGAGCAUUCAGUACCCGCAAGCAAUGUGAUAUUGAUAGCUUGACUGUUAAUGUAGUCAUACAUAAAUUUUCCGAUAUGCAUUUAAGUUUAGAAACCGAUGAAAGCUAUCAAAUAAAUACGGCAUAUGAGAAGCGUCAUUACCGAGUGCACAUUAGUGCGAAUACAUUUUUUGGUGCACGCCACGCCUUGUCAACAUUACAACAGCUAAUUUGGUUUGACGAUGAAGACAAUUUGUUGCGCACCCUCUCCAAAGUCAUAAUUGUUGAUAGCCCGAAAUUUCGUUAUAGAGGCCUUAUGUUGGACACUUCACGCCAUUAUUUUUCAUUGGAGGCUAUUAAACGCACCAUUGCCGCUAUGUCGCAUGCAAAACUUAAUCGUUUUCAUUGGCACAUCACGGACUCUCAAAGUUUUCCUUAUGUAUCUAAGCAUUAUCCCGAACUAGCUAGCUAUGGUGCCUACUCGGACCAUGAGACGUAUACGCUCGAAGAGAUACGUGAAGUAGCAAAUUUUGCAAAAUUGCGCGGUGUUCAAAUAAUACCUGAAAUCGAUGCGCCUGCUCAUGCAGGUAAUGGCUGGGAUUGGGGUCCUAAACAUGGUCUUGGAGAACUAAGUCUCUGUAUCAAUCAACAACCCUGGAGUUUUUAUUGUGGUGAACCGCCAUGCGGUCAAUUAAACCCUAAGAACAAUAACACUUAUCUUAUACUACAGAAGAUCUAUGAAGAAUUGCUUAACGCUACCGGGCCCACCGAUUAUUUCCAUUUAGGCGGUGACGAAGUUAAUUUGGAAUGUUGGUCUCAAUAUUUUAACGAUACCGAUCUAAGAGGCUUAUGGUGCGAUUUUAUGUUAAAUACCAUGGCCCGCCUUAAAAUCGCCAACAAUCAUAUCGAUCCGAAAGUUGUCGCGGUAUGGUCUAGCGGCUUAACCAACACGAAGUGUCUUCCAAAAAGUCAUUUUGCAGUGCAAGUAUGGGGCGCCAGUUCUUGGCAAGAGAAUUAUGAUUUACUAGAUAAUGGUUUUAAUGUUAUUUUCUCUCACGUGGACGCUUGGUAUUUAGAUUGUGGUUUUGGUAAUUGGAGAGCCACAGGUGAAGGUGCUUGUUCACCGUAUCGUACUUGGCAAAACGUGUAUAAACAUCGUCCCUGGGAACGUAUGCGUUUAGACAAGUUACAUAAGAGACAAGUAUUGGGUGGUGAAGUUUGUCUUUGGACUGAGCAAGUCGAUGAAGGCCAAUUAGAUAAUCGGUUAUGGCCACGUGCUGCCGCAUUGGGUGAGAGAUUAUGGUCAGAUCCCGAUGAUGAACACGAUAUGGACGUUGUACCGCAAGAUGUUUUUAAACGUAUGUCACUGUUUCGUAGUCGGUUGGUAGAAUUGGGGAUUAAGGCUGAACCUAUAUUUCCCAAAUAUUGUGCUCGAAAUCCGGGCGAAUGCAUUUGAUAUUAUCUAUAAGACUUAGUUUAAGUUAAAAAUAAAGAUAAGCUGAAACAAUUAAUUUAUACACAAACAUAUAUAAUUUUUAUCUUAAUAUUAUUUUAAAAAUCUCUACCUUUAUAUUCACCACUUAAGAGGCUUUAAGCUAAGCAAACUAAAAUAGAAGAAAAACAAAUUUUAUCAAGAUAAGACCUUACAAAGUAUACGAAAUGUUUUCAAAUUUUAAUUUUUCUCGGUGGUGGAUAUAAGAAAAGUUCGUCUUAAGACGAAAAGAAAACAAAAACACUUGUUUUACACCAACCAUUAUUUCUAAGCAAACGUAAGAGAACCAGGAAUAUUUUCUUUAUAUUGAAAAACAAAAAAGAAAAGAAAAAAAACGGUUUCGAAUAUUUGAAGAAUUCCCAUAAAAACUUAUCUAAAAGCGUUAAGAUCAUCAUGCCAUUAAAACGAAGCUGUAACUUUUAAAUAAAUUCCAGACUAGUAAUUUCGAAAUAAGUCUUAGAUUAAACUGUAUCAAUCACUAAAACAUUUCGUUGCUCUUAGGAAAUUCUUUUCAAAUGAUUCUUAUAAAAAUUCUAACCUUGCAGAGGGACUCGUCAAAAAUAAGAAAAAAAUCAUUACAUAGACUCGAUUAAUUUUUUUUUUUGUUAAGAUUUUUAAGUGAGACAUUAAGCAACCAACUACAACCA